AUGUCUCUACCAACUACUAUGAAAGCUGUCGUUAUCGAAGGUAAAGCUCCUGUCAUCAAAACCGUCCCAUUACCAAAUCUACCAAAGGGUUAUCUAUUAAUCAAACCAAAGGCUGUUGCUGGUAACCCAACUGAUUGGAAACAUAUUGAAUUCGGCAUGGGCCCACAAGGUUCCCUUCUUGGUUGCGAUAUUGCUGGUGAAAUUGUUAAACUAGCUGAUGGUGUCGACUCUAAUGAAUUCCAUGUCGGUGACUCCGUCUAUGGUUUCAUCCAUGGUGCUUCUGUCAGAACUCCAGAUAAUGGUGCUUUUGCAGAGUAUGUUGCUCUAGAUUCUCAAUUGAGUUUCCAUACUCCAGCUGAUAUCCAUUUCAGCGGAAAAGAUAACAUCCCAGAAGGUGCUAUUAGAACUUUUGAAGGUGCUGCCACUAUUCCAUGUUCUUGGACUACUGCUGGUGCCACUCUAUUCUAUCAUUUCAACAAGAAGUAUGAAUGGGAAGCCACUAAGCCUCAAGAAGAUGCUCCAGUGUUAAUCUGGGGUGCUGCCACUGCUCUGGGUCAACCAAUGAUCCAACUGGCUAAGAAGUACAGUUGUUUCUCUAAGAUUAUUGCUGUAGCCUCUAAGAGUCAUGAAAAGCAAUUGAAAGAAUAUGGUGCCGAUGAAGUCUUUGAUUAUCAUGAUACUGAUGUCAUUCAACAAAUUAAGGCCAAAUACCCAAAUAUCACUACGCUAUUAGACUGUGUUUCUAAUGAAGCUACUUUGAACCAAACUUACCAAUGUGCUUCUGAAAUCGGCAAAGCUACAGUUAUGAACUACAUGGGUCUAACCAUCGAUGCUAUCAAGCCAGAAUUCAAGAGAGACAAUGUUGCAAUUACCAGUACAGUUAUUUAUUUAUCUCUAGGCUACGACGUUCCAUUAUUUGGUAAUGUUCUUCCAAAGGAUGAUGCCUACAGAGCUCAUGUUGUUGAAUUCAUCAAGAAGGUUAACCCACAUUUCCUAAAGGGCGAAUUACAUCACAUCCCUGUUAAAGUUUACAAAAACGGUCUAGAUGGUGCCGUUCAAAUUAUCAAGGAUAUCCAAGCCGGUAAGACAUCUGGUGAAAAGUUUGUCUCUGUCUUUAACUAA